UAUUUCACUUUUCCCAAAAGAAACAAUGCAUCGGCGGGAAAAGUUUGAAGCACUCAGCGACGCCGGUGCGCCUGAACGAUCUGCGCCGAGGGAAUUCAUUAAGCUGGUUCAGUCGAUGCUGUGCCGGCGUGUUAUUUCCCAUCUCGCCAGAGCUAUACUAUCUUCUCCGCAAAAAAGUUAUCGCUCCUCUUCAUCUUCGACUCUCAAUCACUUGCGAAACUCAUUCGACAACGACGUCCGAGCUGGUAGCGCGGUUUAUCAGCACGCUCUUAAAUUCCAGCGACCCGCCAUUAUUGAGUGGUGCGAACAGCUCGACAAUACUGUCAAUUUAAUUGGCUCCGUCACUCGCAAUCCUCAGGUUUUUAAUCGAAAGACCGGUAUUUCUGGGGUGCACACUUCGCUAAGGGUGAAAACCUCCAACGGCUCGUCCUUCUGGUGUAGAUUUAUAGCAUCGUUUGCGUUUGCUUCCAUGAAUUGUUCCAUGUGAGAUCGGGUUCAAACUGGCUUGCGGUUUAACCUUUUUUAUAAUCUGUGCUUUAUUUUCACCUGUUGUUUCUACUUUCUAGCGUUAAAUUGUCCCAUUCACUUUGCCGUAGUUAAAUUCUGCAGCUGCAAAUUGAAACAAUUGUUACUAGCAUAAGUCAUGGUUUGGCGAAUAGUUUGUAAUGCAAACAUUUUUUUCCCGCUUGUGACCAGGUUUUCUUUCUGAUGUUGAACGGUGUGGGGGAAAUUGCUUCGAAGCAUUUAAAACAAACGAUUUUAUCUUUGCUUCCGGUCAUUUAGAGUCUUACGAAAAGGUUGAUGAGAGAGGAAACAUCCGAUUGUGUUAUAAGGUAAUUGUCAAGGAGUUCAACUUUGUUGCCAAAAGGCCAUAUUACGACGGGCAUAAGGUAUUAGAAUCUGCUAAAGGUAUGUUGCUUAUUCAUGCUUACCCGCUCCCUGCUCUCUCUCUCUCUCUCACACCCCCACAGGGACAGUUAUCCUUUUUGUUUGACAAUGCUGCAUAUUUUUGGACCAAGUAAUAUGAACAUUGAGGCUAUAUUUUCGACAAACCGAAGUUCUUGGCAUGAGCAAGUGGAAGUAAUGAUUGAAAUCUAAAAUAGUUCGGAUUGGAGCUCCUGGGAAGAUAUUUCUUAUGUAAUUUUUAUGCGCGCACAUGUACAUUUGCAAUUUUAAAAUCUAUUUUCCCCUCACACGAAUAUUCCUUUAUUGGAAAGGGCUUAUCUUCCAUUUUUGAUGAAGUUGGUUUUAAUUAAAUUGGAAUCUUAAAAAUCGUGGCUUCAUAUAACUUUGACUUUGACUAUGUUCUUUCUAUUUCUUGUGUUUGUCGUGGACGAACGCGUUAUUCUCUAAUCCGUCAGAGAAAAGUACUCGCUUCCAAGAUUAUGAAAACCGGCUUCACUUGUGGCAAGUGUUUUUUACCAAUCCUCAUGAGUGGUGGGAUAACAGGAAGCGCAAGUCAAAUUCGAAGUUGCCUGACUUUAAGCACAGGGAUACUGGCGAAGCUCUAUGGCUGAGUCAAGAUGACCCUCCGUGGGUUAAAAGACAACUUGAAAAGCUUGAUUCAGAAAUUGCGGAAGGACUUCUAGGUUCUUGUUCUAGAGUCACUACUUGGGUUUACCAUGAUUAGCAAAGCAAAAAACGCAAUGAAAGAAUACGAUUAUGGUCUUGGGGCAUGGUUUUGUGCUUAUGACUACCAUUUGGAAAGGCAUUAGACCGAGAGCCCUAUCAUAAUUUUUGCUCCGGGGAAGGGUAUAGGAGAAGGGAAAUCAUUUUAUCAUUGUUGUUACAGGAAUCGGGGAAGCUUGUAAGACAAGCUUUUGUCUGUACAUAUAACCAUAUGUAAGUCACAGGAGAGGAGUCAGUGUAAGAUAUCGUUGUAGAAUCCUAAAUACCAAUUGAAAUAUAAUUUUUCUUUCU